CAGCGACUUUUGAUGAUCGGCGAUUCGCUCCUUCGUCGUAUGUCGUAUAGGCAACACAGCCUGCUUUCGGACGAAGCCCGAUUCCUGUGCUUGUUCCUUCCUUCGCAGACGUGCCAUUCAAUCGGCCGCUCAAUUGCUCCGAACUCCUAUCCCUCGCUACUACUUACCAGUUAUAUGACCCACACCAUGUCUCUACUUUAUUCCGAACUGAGAAUAUCAAUAACCAUCUGAAGCUCGACAAUCCUCCACAUUCAGCAACAUGGUCGCUCUGGAAACAAUUCGGGCUUCUAACAGCAGAAUCGCAUCCACUCUCCCUUCAGGACUUGUCGCGAUAUUCGUCGGCGCUACGAAUGGUGUUGGAGAAGCCACGGUGCGGCAAUUCGCAAAGUAUGCAUCAGCACCGCGCGUCUACUUGAUUGGUCGUUCUCAAGACGCUGGUACCCGUAUCGUCAACGAGUGUAGAGCUCUGAAUGCGAAAGGCGAAUUCACCUUCAUCAGUAAAGACACAAGUCUGAUGCGUAAUGUCGACGAGAUUUGCGACACAAUCAAACACAAGGAGAAAUCGGUCAAUCUCUUGUUUCUUACAAUUGGCACGCUGCAAACUGGCAAAACAACUGUUGAGGGUCUCCACUAUCCAGCGGCGAUUGCUGUUCACGCUCGCAAUAGAUUCAUCACAAAUCUCCUUCCACUAAUCAAGAAUGCAACCUCCUUACGCCGAGUCAUUUCAGUAUUCAUUGCUACACUGGAAGGGGAGAUUCAAAUGGACGACUUCCAAGGCUGGCAUAUGAAGCUCAUGGCGAACAGAGAUCAUGCCGCGUCCAUUACCACGCUGUCCCUCGAGAGUCACCAUAAGGACAACCCGAAUGUAUCGUUUGUACAUAACUUUCCAGGGGUCAUAAAGAGUGGCAUAACUCGAGGAACCUCGGGAGUGGUCUUGACGGCCUUGAAAGCUGUAGUUCGCAUCUUUGGUUCCCUCUUUUACAUGCCUGCGGAAGAAGCUGGAGACCGACACGUUUUCCUGUCAACAAGCGCGAGAUAUUCCGCUGGCGAGAAAGAUGAAGCAGCUGGUGUUCCUCUUUCUGUUGCCCCUGAUCUGAGCAUUGCGCGAGGAACUGAUGGUAAAUUGGCCAGUGGGGUCUACUCUAUCAAUGCAAGCGGCGAAAGUGCUGGCGAGAAAGUGGAGGACGCACUCGCUUCUCUGAGAAGCAGAGGUAUGACUGGGAAAGUCAUGGAUACCAUCAAUACAGACAUUGAGAAAGCGCUUGCCGCCAACACCAAGGCUUGAAGAUGUGUCAAUAGCAUUGCAGAUUGAAACAGGAAGACUUUGCAAC